UCUGGGUUCGAAUUUCGGUACCAGACGGAAAUUGUCGACUUGUCACGAAGAAGCCCGAAGUGUUGGUGUCUUAGCAACUAAUGUGUUUCGGACAACCCGCGUUGGGAAAGCAGGGGGGAAAAGACCUCGUAAUUGUCCCCCGCUAAACAUUUUCGGAUUGUUCGUGAUUCUACGUGACAAUGAUGAUGAACAACACUGAAUUGUUGUCGGAUGUCAAAGUGCGUAUGCGUCGAGAUAAUGAGGCGAGAAGACGAGCGAGGCUGCUUGACGACAAACAGAGGAGCAUCGGAAUCGACAAAGAAUUUCUUGACAAGCAAGUUGCGGAGAAGAUUGCAAGGAAACAGGCAGAAAAGGAAGAACAAAAGGCCUAUGAUGCCGCUAUGAUGGAAAAUAUAUAUCAGGCUCCCCUGCUCCAUAAUCGACAAGUAAAGGUUACACGUGGCUCGGAAAAGGCCACUGUGGACUUCUACCCUCAUCACCAGCAGCCCAGGGGCUUUCCCACGGAUCAAGGGCACCUGACUAUGUUGCCUGGUCUGCAUGGGGAGGAUCCGGACAGAGGGAGCCGAGUGCAGAGACAGAAGGAGCAGCUCCGAAGGUGGCUCAUCCAGCAGCGGGAUGAACAGGCUGCAGAAAAACACAGAAAGAAGAUGGAGAAACUGCAAGAUGACCGACAACGAGUCCACAUGGACAAUGAGGCUGUGCAACUCCACAACAAAGACCUGGAGAGGAGAAAAGCAGCAGCAGUGGUAACCAAAGAAUGGAACGUCAACACAAUGACAAAGACAGAAGAAAAACGUCGCCAGGUGCGUAAUGAGGAACUUAUCCAGCAGCAAGGUCAACAUGCAGGCUCUAUGGGAGCCCCUGGCCUUUGUCCCAGCAGCGACAGGAAGCCACCUCCUGAGAGUUUAAUGCAAAUCACUGUAUUCCACAAGAAUCAAAUUGAGGAGAAAUUGUUAGCAGAAUUGAAGAAGAGGGGAGAGGAGAGGCAAAACGACGGCAUCCGUCUGGAUUCGGCACGGAUGGCCGUGCUCUUGGAGAGGCAGCAGGCCCGAAACAGGAAGCAGUUUCGACGCCGUGUGGACACCGUCAACAAACAGCUGGCAGCAGCACACCAGAACAGGAAAGAGGACUUAAGGCAUGGACACAUUGAUGAGAGCUUCUUCUCCCAGUUUAACACCAGCUGCCGUUGAUGAUGACAAGAAAGUGAUGAUGAAGUAUUGUGUGUUCCAUGAAUAAGUAACUACGAAAACAACAUCUUUUUAGUUUUCAAUGUUUUUAUAGGCAAUUUUUGACUAAUGUCACAGUCAAUGUGACAACACUCCUCUUCUUGGAGAAAAAGAUUAAAAACAAAAAGUGAGCAACAGCAAACGACACAUUUGAAAAACAAGCAGAGCAUGUAAAAUUGAGAAAAAGCCAAAAGUAAAAAAAAAAAAUUUAACCUACUUUUGUGGUUUCAACAUUUUCUUAAAUAGCUUUCUUGAAUAAAAAGCCAUCAGAUUCUAUUCAUAACUUUCAUGGUUCUGUUGGCUUUAUCAAGCUGUGAUCUUCAGCUCUCA